UUCUCGUACCACUCGCGGAUCUGACGCUCCAGCUGCGCAUUAGCGGACUCCAGAGAGCGCACUUUUCCCAGGUAGGUGGCCAGGCGGUCGUUUAGGUUCUGCAUGGUCACUUUCUCGCUGCCUGAACUGUUCACGUUACCUCCGGCACCGUUCACCGCGUCUGCCAGGUCAAAGCCAGACCUAAGACCGUUGGAGGCGUAGGACACCCGGACGUUUUCACCACCUGCACCGCCAUAGACGCUUGUACCCCGCUUGGAGCCUGUCAUUGUGGGCAGAGAGUACAGGGACAGGGCGGAUAACCCAGAGCGGUACGGGCUGUUCAUGGUGUCUACUGUUCUGAUACAGGAGCAGUCAAAGAAAGACACGAAGGAGACAGUGCUGAGGCGGACUGGAGGAUGGAUUUUAUAGCCUCCUUCCUGAACGUGGGCGCGGCUGAACAGAACCAGAGUGGGAUGGCACAAACGAGCAUUCAUGAUGGACGUGAAAGACACAUCGUCAUUAACUCGGUUCCCUUCAUUGCAUAGGGGCCCGCUACUGAUGACCUGGGACACAGUGGGAAGCGGAACGUGUUGACCAGCUCGCUGUAGAGGAAUGUAGCUAAGCUGUGGGGAGUGGUGGAUCGGCUCAGUGUGACCAGGUGAACAGACUGAGGGACUUUUGCUGUCUCAUUACUACACUUACUGUGCCUUAUUUCGUGGAAGGCCAUGUUGCCUCAGGUCUCCAUGGACUCCAGUCACACCAUGUGGGGUUUGAACACCCGCUUGAAGAGCUUCCUGGAGCAGGUGAACAGGCUACAGGAGGCCAACUGGCGACUUGAGGCCCAGAUAGCUGACUGGGGUGUCAGGAGCACCUCACGCUCCCGGGACUGGUCCCAGCAGGAACAGACCAUCAAUGAGCUCCGUGCCCAGGUUGGUAAACUACUGAUGGAGAAUGCCCAGCUGGCAUUACAGUCUGACAGCAUGAAGUCCAGAGCUGCUGCCAUCCGGGCCAGGUGUGAGACGGAGGAGAGGAACACCAUGCAUCUGGAGCAACAGGUGGCUCUGCUCAGGGAGUCAAAGAGGAAGGCAGAUCAGAACAGCCUGACGCUGCAGGCAGAGAUUCGGCACUCCAUGUCAGAACUGCAGGAGAUGCACCAGGAGUUUGAGGCAGCCCGGGCUCUACAGCUGCAGCGGGCCGACUCCUGUGAUGCUCUGUUAGAGACGGCCACAGAAGCAGCAGCAGCAGCAGCAGCGAGAGGUGAGGAGGAUGGCACAGGGAUGGAGCUCACCCAGCUCCUCGACCGAAUCAGAGCGCAGUGCAAUCAGAGCAGACUUCCCGGCCCAGGUGAGAGACACCUUGGCCUGGGUGCCGUGUCUAAUCCACUCCCUGGCUUGGCUGGGCCCAGCCGCUCUGGAGCUGCAGCAGCAGCAACCAGAACACACGGAGGAGCUCUCAGUCAGGAGGAGGCAGCAUGGGCGCAGGUGAGCCUCGGCGGCGCUGCCCUGAGGGAGGCCCGGGCUGAGCUAGCUGAGGCCAGGAAGCAGUGGCACUCCCUGCAGGUGGAGAUUGAGACCCUACACGCCUUGGAGAAAGGCCUGGAGUGUUCUCUUCAGAACACCCAGAGGCUGUACUCCAGCCAGCUGCAGGACCUUUCCCAGGUGAUCGCAGGGCUGGAGAAUGAGCUGGAGCAGGUAAGGAGCGGGUUGGCCACCCAGCGCCAGCGUCACAGCCAGCUCCUCAACACCAAGAUGAGGCUAGAGCGAGAGAUCACCACUUACCGACGUCUGCUGGAGCGUGAAGAGGGCAGGUACAUGGGUCGUACUGGGCAACCAGUGGGUCUGCGGCCCUGGAGGUCUUCCUUGGACGAACCAAAGGAGAAUGGGCUAGAGAAUGGCUUCAGUGAUCCUGCUGUUACUCCAGAUGAACCCAAGUCUGAGCCCCUUCCUGAAAUACCUUCACUCCUCCCAGCAGACAAUGGGCUUAAGAAAACCAUACUGCAUAGACAGCAAAGCCUUGUGAUACUCACAGAGCCAGAGCAAGAUAAAGACUUGCCAAUCUCCACUGUGAAGACUCAAGAGAUUCUUCAGGGCAAUGUGGUGCGAGAGAGUGCAGAGGGUCACGGCACCAUUGAGACAGAGAAGAUUGACAAGGUGAUUAAGCAGUGGGAGGGCUCCUUCUUCAGAGGGAAUCCCAAGCUACGUAAGAAGUCUGUGUCACUGCGCUUCGACCUGCACAUGGCUGCAGCAGACGAAGGGUGCGCCCAGACCAAACAGGACAGCCUCCCUGACGUGGAGGUGCGUCUCAUCAUGAAGAGAUCUCGCAGCAUCCCAACUAUCACACAGUAACUCAGUCACUAGUAUGUUUGUGGUAACACUGGUGAUGUUGAAGUUACAGAGAUAACGUCUGUGUCAUUGACAUUUGGGAUAUUACCAUCCAUUACCAUCAAGCUUAAUAUGAAUUUUAAAUUACAGCAUUCAUUGAUCUUCACGUCACAACUGAUGAAUGAAACUGAAACUUCUGUCAUCCUAUCCUGACUCUGGCAGAAUUAGCACCAUUUUCAUUGUGCCAGAAAACCACAUCAAAUAUAUCGGACCUACUUUCAGUGGAUAACAAUGA